AUUUCCAAAAUUGAUGUUUUUAUGUGUUUUUUUUUUUUUGUUACAGUUGUUCAGUGAUUAGUUUCAGGAUUUCCUGCUGUAUGAAGCCUUGCUGUCCAGAGGGGGGCGCUGUGGGUCAACGAGCAGCACAACAUGAAUAGCAGCUGUAAUAACCCGAUAUCACGUCAGCUUGAAAUGUAACUGAGCAUCAUAAAUGUCACCUGUCACCUGCUGUUGUCUGAUGUGUAGUAAGUUUAACAGUUUAUUAUUCCCCCGCGACAGCCAGAGCCGCCAUAUUGUUUUCAUGUUGUUCGUACGUCCGUCUCGUUCUCGUGGACACGAUAUCUCAGCUGUCUGAUGGAACUUCUUCAAAUGUGGCUGAAACAUUCACUUGACUUGAGGAUAAACUGAUUAGGUUUUGGUGCCUAAAGGUCAAGGUCAGCGUGACCUCAAAACACUUUGUAGCCAUUAAUCAAGACCUCACACAGAAAUUAUGACAGAAUUUCACACCAGUGUUUUAUAAUCUGACUCGGGAUAAACAGGAUGUAACCUGAAACUAGUCUGAGUGGCGGAGGGAUACGACCAUGAGGUGGUGAAUCUAGUUCUCUGUUGAGAUAUGAACGUCACUGAAGCAAAGGAAGAGUGGAGGUGAUGUUUGAACACAGCAACACCUGCUACUACAGAGAAAAGAAGGACUGUCUUUAAAAGUCACUGAAGAGGAAGUGACACUGGACGAAUUACAGGAAGUUGAUACGACACUUGUCUUUAGAGUCUCACAUUUACUGGAAGUAGAACGAAGAAAAAUGACAGAGAGGAUGGUCGAACUCAGGUGGUUUGAAUCGUCUUUGUUUCUGAUCCUGGUGCUUCAGUUCACAGCAGCAGCUGGACAAGAUUCAUCAUCCAUCACUGUCAGAGUCAGAGGUGACGUCACUUUGUCCUGUGGGAGUCUGAGAGAAGAUCAGGUUGAAUGUGACGGUACGACCUGGCUCUUCAGCGGUUCAGGAAGCAGCUCAUCAGUACCACUGUUUGAACUUGGGAAGAUUCAUAAAGACGCCAGAUCUAAAUCAGACAGACUGAGUCUGAAAGAGAAGUGUUCUCUGGUUGUGAAGAAGGUCUCAGCUGAAGAUGUUGGUCUGUACACCUGCAGACAGUUUGACAAAUCAGGAACACAACAAGGUUCAGACUCUUGGGUUUAUCUGUCUGUUGUUAACAUAACUGAACAGAAGGACGGUGAUGAGGUGAAGUUCACCUGCUCUGUGUCGACGUAUAGAGACUGUAAACACUCAGUGAAGUGGUUGUAUCAGGGUAAAGAUGUGGGUAAAGAUCACCGUGAAUUCUUGACAUCACAGUCUCGCUGCAGCGCCUCUGUGAGUUUUCAGACUUCUCAUUACAUUUAUGGAUCAAGGUAUAAGAUCUUUUCAUGUAACGUGACUGAUGAUAACAACAAGAAACAGCUGACCUUCCCCAUCCAGGCCUCACCUGAGGAGUCAGGUGAGGACGAAACCAAAGCAACAGAAAACAACAUGAAGGCAGACUGGUUGUGGCUGUGUCUCAUCGUGGUCGUGGCUUUGGUAGCGGUUUUAAUGCUUGUUGUGAUCAGGUGGAAGAGAACUAAAGGGAAGGGUGACACUGAGGCGCUGACGUCUAACCCUACAGUGACUCAGUCUGCUCCAGAGACCAGUCGGGACACGGCUGAUCCUGAAGAAGGUGUUUCCUACGCCUCCAUCAGCUACACCAAGAAGACCGACAGUAGAGCCCAGGUUGGGAGUAAAAAUGACGAUCAUGAAAAGGAUGUUGUGACCUACAGCACUGUGAGAACUCCCUCUGCUGAGCCCAGCAGCCUCUACGCCAGCAUCACUUAACCAAUCACAUCUGAUCACUGUCAGGAUGGAUUGGUGUAAACAGCUUCUGAACCACAAGGGGGUGUUGUAGGUUAGCUAGUGUCACAGUGUAAAAAGUAGAGGCAAUAAUUCUGAAGGUUGAGCAGUUUUAUUGAUUUUUCUUUGAUGUUGUUUUUAGUCUUUAUAACUGGUCAGAAGGAAGUUCUUGUUUGUCCUUCAGUUGAGCUCGUUCUCUGUCAUUUCACCUUUGUGGGUCAGUAGUUUAUUUCAUGUUUAUUUUGUUGUAAAGGAGUACAUCUAAUCUCCUUGGAUUGUUCUCGCAUGAUCAUAUAUUUAGAGCGAGAAUGUUUUGAUGCACUGAUUUUGAUUUAGAAUUUUGUUGCUUUAUUCAAGAUAAUAUGGUUUGACCUGUAUGUUUGGCUUUCUUUCACUAGUAGAAAUAUAACCACUGUCUGAGUGCUAGUAAAGGAUUAAAUGCUUUGCUCAUCAGUCCAGUCCAGUGUCAUCCUAGAACACGUGUGAUUGAAAAAUGACAAUGCUGUCAUGGAAAUAAUAAAGUCCUGUAUAGGCUUCCAUAAUGACUUUAAUAUUUAUAAUUUUAGUCUGUUAUUUUUCUGCUUUGAGGAUUGAAUACUAUCAUAAUUAUGGAUUGUGCAUUAAAAGGUGA